GGGUUGGCCGCUUGCCCAGUUGCUUCUGUGCUGCGGUAGUAGGCCGCUCUCGUCGUUUGUUGGACUUUAAGAAACGUUUCCACGAGGAAGCCAACUGCCAGGGGCGAGGCGCGGCGUCGAGCCCAGCUAGUGUGGGGAAACGGCCGCCGCCUCGGCCGAACGCGCUCAGGGCGUUAGUUUUUUUAGGCACGCAGUUUGAGGGCCCGGCCGACUCGCUCGAGCCAUGAGUUACGGCCGUCCGCCUCCCGAUGUGGAGGGCAUGACCUCCCUCAAGGUGGACAACCUGACCUACCGCACCUCGCCCGACACUCUGAGGCGCGUCUUCGAGAAGUAUGGGCGCGUCGGGGACGUGUAUAUCCCGCGGGACCGCUACACCAAGGAGUCCCGCGGCUUCGCCUUCGUCCGCUUCCACGACAAGCGCGACGCUGAGGACGCCAUGGAUGCCAUGGACGGGGCCGUCCUGGAUGGCCGCGAGCUGCGGGUGCAGAUGGCGCGCUACGGCCGUCCCCCAGACUCGCACCACAGCCGCCGCGGACCGCCACCCCGCAGGUACGGGGGUGGCGGCUACGGACGUCGGAGCCGCAGCCCGAGGCGGCGUCGCCGCAGCCGAUCCCGGAGUCGGAGCCGGUCCAGGUCCCGGAGUCGAUCUCGCUACAGCCGCUCCAAGUCUCGGUCUCGCACUCGCUCAAGAUCGCGGUCAACCUCCAAAUCCAGGUCGGCGCGAAGAUCCAAGUCCAAGUCCUCCUCGGUUUCCAGAUCUCGCUCGCGGUCCAGAUCCAGGUCUAGGUCCAGGAGUCCUCCACCCGUGUCCAAGAGGGAGUCCAAGUCCAGGUCGCGCUCCAAGAGUCCCCCCAAGUCUCCGGAGGAGGAAGGAGCGGUGUCCUCUUAAGCAAACGCUGCGGUCUCCUGUUUGAUAAAAGAAUAUUGGCCAGUAUUGCAGAUUUUAACUGAUUUGGCUGAUCCUCCAGGGACCAGUUUCUGUGGGCGUGUAUUGGAGCAGGUUUGUCUUUAAAUGUUAAAGAUGCACUAUCCUCUUAGAGAAAACUGUCAGUUCAACUAUUGUUGUACUGACUGGGAUAAACGAUUCUAACGGAUGUGGCAAACGAAUCGCAAAAAAGAAGCAAUGAACUUUGGAACCCAAAAAAAAUUUGCAGGUAUUGCACCGGGUGGGGAAAGGAUAGUGUGUCUUUAACUCAAAUUGUUUGGUCCUAUUUUUUACAAGGAAGGGCCCUGAGUAGCUCAGAUGUUAAAGCAUUGUUCUCAAUUGCCAAAAGUUUUGUUUGAAAACUAAAUUUAUCUUGAAACAUAGACUGGUUUUUCUGAUUUCACGUUGUUUUGUUUGGCUAUUUGGACACAGCCCCCCCCCCCUUUUUUUUCUUUUCUUUUUUUCUUUUUCCCCCCUUAAUAUUUUUCAUCUUGGUUAUUUGGCCAAGAAAGCACAAACUUGUAAAUGCUGAUGGUAGCCUUUGUGAAUAUUUCCUAAUUUGGGCCUUUAAAAAAUUGUGAGAAUGGCCGGGUGGAACCUUUCUGUAACCGCCUUGUUUCACCGGAGCCUUACUUAGUAAGUACCAGCCCGAGGUUGAAGCCCUGUGCACUGCAUGUGCGGCCGUGCUGGGGGGCAAACUGAACUUGCUUCUUUUCAAACCUAGAUGUGGCGACAAGCAACGUGACAGACACCUUGGGGAGAAGGACCACAUGCUCAGUCCAUCACAGAGUCCUUGGAACAAGCAACUGGCUAUUGAAAAAGGUUAUUUUGUAACAUUUUGUCUAACUUUUUACUUGUUUCAAGCUUUGUCUCAGGUGGCAAGCUUCAUUUUAUGUGCCAUUUUGUUGCUGUUAUUCAAAUUUCUUGUAAUUUAGUGAGGUGAACGAACUUCAGAUUUCAUUAUUGGCUUGGAUAUUUGAGGUAAAAUUUCUUUUUUGUUUAUAUAGUGCUGACUUUUUUUGUUUGAAAUUAAACAGAUUGGUAAACCAAAUUUGUGGCCUCCUGACUUUUAAGGAAACAUGCAGCCAUUACGCACAGCCUAAAGCUGUCAAGAGAUUGACUCAGCAUUGCCUUCAUUCCUUAGAAUUAAAAACCUACAAACGGUGUAAAUUUGUUUGUUUAUGUUACUUGCCUACAGAUCUAAAUGGUAAUCUGAACCCAAAUUUGUAUAAAGACUUCAGGUGAAAAGACUUGAUUUUUUUUUUUUUUUUUUUAAGGAUUGUUUACCAAACACAAUUCUAAUCUCUUCUCUUGUGUAUUUUUGUGCACUAGGCGCAGUUGUGUAGCAGUUGAGUAAUGCUGGUUAGCUGUUAAGGUGGCGUGUUGCAGUGCAGAGUGCUUGGCUGUUUCCUGUUUUCUCCCGGUUGCUCCUGUGUAAAGAUGCCUUGUCGUGCAGAAACAAAUGGCUGUCCAGUUUAUUAAAAUGCCUGACAACUGCACUUCCAGUCACCCGGGCCUUGCAUAUAAAUUACGGAGCAUACAGUGAGCACAUCUAGCUGGUGAUAAAUACACCUUUUUUUUCCUACCCCCACUCCACCAAAUGGUAAAAAUGAUCAUCUUCAUGUAUGAACUUAAAAUAUGAAAAAUGUUAAGGAAGCAAAUGGUUUGUAACUUUGUAAGUACUUAAAACAUGGUGUAUCUUUUUUGCUCAUAAAUAUUCUGUACUAUAACCAUUGUUUCUAUAGUUUAAUUAAAACAUUUUCUUGGUGUUA